AAAAAACGCAUUAGGGAUUACUCGAAUGGCUUUUGAGACUGGGUGCCUUAGUCAAUAACUGGACGGAGCGAUAAGGUAGAGAAGAUAGCGUGUUGGCAAGGCGCGGAUGGCAGGCGGAGGAUGCGAGUCGAAAUCGCGAUGCUUACAUUGACUUGUAUCCCGUCAGCUGUGCUUUCCCCUGGCUCGGCUCAGCAUGUCAGGCUGUGUUUAUCCUGUGAUACUGGACCGGUACCACUAGACAACACGUAGUUAACAUUCUCCCCAGGCCACUUUUACCUUCCCCGCGUGGCCCAGCAAAGGCGAACGGAUAGUAAGACAGAGGGCACAUCUACUCAAAUGACAGCUUCAGCAACCAACUAUCCCAUCUUCUGACACUGUUCGCUCGGCAUUACAGUCGUUGGCUAUGAAGGCGCUUUGGUGUGUGGCGCUUGGUGCUCUUCUAGCCAUUAUUAUGAAAUCUGUAAUAGGCAAAGCAGAAAUGAACGCAAAAUAUGGUGAGAAUGACUAUCUCAAACCGGACAACUUUCCAUCUGUGAAGUGGAUUCCGUCCAAUGACAUCGAGGAGAGGAUACCGGAUGAGCAGAAACUGAUGAUGUAUCUGACUCGGGGGUACGAAAAGUCCGUGAGACCCGUGAGAAAUGCCUCCACCCCAGUCAUCGUCCACAUGGGACUCACACUCACACAGAUUUUCGACCUCGAGGAAAAGAACCAGAUUUUGGUGACAAAUGUCUGGUUAGAUCAGGAAUGGACGGAUGAGUUUAUGACGUGGGACCCAAAGAAUUUUAACGAUAUCCAGAUAAUUAGGAUCCCUUGUGACAAACUCUGGUUACCUGAUAUCGUCCUAUACAACAACGCCGCGGAAUACACGGAUGGUCUUAUGCCAGCGAAUGCUAUGGUGAAGUACGAUGGGAACGUGUUCUGGCCAGUGCCGACCAAAUUACAGAGUUCAUGCAAAGUGGAUGUCACGUAUUUUCCUUUUGACGAGCAGAGAUGUAAGUUGAAGUUCGGCUCCUGGACCUAUGACGGCUUCCAACUGGAUAUCACGAAUCGAUCGAACGAGGUGGACCUGACUAAUUACGUGAACAAUGGAGAAUGGGAUCUGGUCAAAGUUGAGGUACAGAGGAACGUGGUAUACUAUUCCUGCUGCCCCGAGCCCUUCCCGGACGUGACCUUUCACGUGAUCAUACAGAGACGUAUUCUGUAUUACAUGUACAACGUGGUGUUCCCCUGUAUAAUGAUGUCGGCCUUGACUCUCCUGGUGUUUUGUCUUCCUCCCGACUCCGGCGAGAAAAUCGCCCUGGGAAUCACAGUCCUUUUGGCGUUUUCCGUCUUCAUGCUGGCCAUUGCAGAAAAUCUUCCAGAGACUUCCGAAUUUGUGCCUUUAAUAAGUAUCUACCUAACCAUUGUGAUGUCAUUGACGUCACUCUCUGUCAUCAUGACCGUGUUUGUAUUGAACCUUCAUCACAGGGGACCCAGUAAACAGGCCGUUCCUGUCUGGCUUCGCAAUAUCUUUCUGGGUCGCAUGGCUCGUUUGUUAUGUCUUCCCGCGGGUGAGCCUACGUACAGGGACUACUACUCUGGCGACACAGCCCAAUUCCUACGCAAGGUGUCCUUGAAAAUGACAAUUGAAAACAUGGCACAAGAGUUAAAGGACGAUCUAGAAAACGGCAUGGCAGAUACCUUGCUUGACCAAAGUGGUCUGCCAUUUUCUAACGAGAAGCAAGAAUCACGAACCAACUCCACUCUCACCAGCGACCACUACCGCCGAACGAACAGUAAAAACCCGAGGAACGUCUCGAAAACAAAUGAAGAAAUCCUACGGGCUUUGAAACGACUGAUAGAAAAACACGACAGAGAGGAUCACGAGUAUGAGAUAAUACAAGAGUGGCGGAAAGUGGCCCAAGUGGUUGACCGUAUUUUGUUUUGGAUAUUUUUAACCGGGACACUGGUCUCCACAUUGACUGUUCUUGUGAUUGCUCCUUUAACCAGAUCAUUUUAAGCUGCCCUGCUGUAGUCGCCAACUAAAUACAUCCACUCCCAUUGAUUGAUGCGUGUUGGAAAAUUGAAAAUGGAAGCUUCCCAUUGUGAGCCGCUCGCUCCGCGCUGAUCUGUGGAUGAUGGCGGAUGGAGGAGACCAGUCUACAGCAGAUCUCUCACAGCCUGUUUAUAUACCGCCGGCUGAGGAACCCAGAAAACCGAACAGACAUGACAGAUCGACCGGCGCAAUGGCAUGACCGGGGGAAAAAGUUCCAGAUGGACGGGUGAAAAGUCAAGAGGACUUGCCGCUAGAACUUCCCCAAUAAAAGAAACUUAAUGAUUACACCAAAGUGAUCAGAUCUGAAGAGAUCGUAUUGAAUAGCAGGCCAAUCAGCGGCAAUGUCGAGAAAAAAAGGCUCCCAGCGGAGAAGUCGGAAUUGUCCAGUGCAUGCCAUGGGAGCUACAGGGCAAUUCCAGCGUGAGCCGUUUUCAUCAUCCGGAAGAAAGGGAAUCUUGAAUGGCCAAACAGGCGGUCCUGUCUAAGACAUAUAGAGUGUGAGGGGCAUCUCUGUGUUGACUUAUUUUUUCAUCAAAAUGCACCAAGAAUCCAUCAGUUAUGCUGGACACACCCAAUUUGUAGCAUACACUAUAUAUGUAUAUGUAAAAUAACUUUGAUUCGCAAUCCAAACGUCAGUAACUAUCCACGUUUUCAAACAACAAUUUCAGGUUUCUUUCUUUAAUACCAAAUUCCUUUCAGCGACGUUAUUACAUUUCUCUUUAGAAUAUUUGACAGGUUUCCAUUUGGUUUUCAGACAUACAGCAAGACAGACUUGCUGCCAUUAUUUGACUGUCUUUGAGGAAACUAAAUAAUA